GGCUGGCUCUUUACUUCACUGUCACCAGCUUACACUGGAGGGCACUGGCUCUCUGAUGUGACCCUCUGGCAUUGAUAUCAGAUGCAGUGUGAGGGAGUCGCAGACCCAUAAGCUGGGGUGGGCCAGCAGGACAGGCCCAGGCCCUCCUAAAUUUUUCUCUGGCCCCCUCCUAAAAUUUUUACAAACAAUUUUAAUAACUGCUAUAUUGUAAGUUAGUAGAAAGCAACUAUGGUGGUAACCCCCCACCCCCCGCACUGUCGGCACCACCAAACCUUUAGGCUGGUUAUGUAGUUUUUACACAUGGCUUCUUCGCACUUGUACAACAGCCUCAAUACCACAAUUUUAAAGGGGAACUAAAGUUUGCUUCACAAGCAAUAGUCAGCACAUGGAGGCUCAUUGGAACCAGCUCAGCACGUUUGGUUGAUCCAUGUCACAAGCCAUUUUGUGUGAACAAACUUGAUACAAAGAACAGACCACACUACAUAAUUAGUCUCCAGCCAAAACAUGAGACGGGUGCUGUGAAGAAGCAGUGUCGAGGAAGCAGACCUUAGUUCCCUUUGAAAUCUGUGGAACUUCCAUGUAAGCAUGCGUUAGCAUCAGAGUAAAGAUAAGACACUUCAAAUAAAGAUGUCUACAGAAGACACUACAGAGGUGGUUAAAUACCUUGACAAGAGUCAGGGUCAGUCUUUCUUGCCUGCGAUUCCUAACAUUGCUGGAAGUAGAGUGAAUUAUCUUGAAGACCGGAUAUCCAAUCAGGAGAGGACUACAGCUGUUCUUCUAGAUCAGGCCUUUCGAAUCAAAGAUGACAUCGUGUCUCAUCUUCAGGGUAAUAAAGGCUUUCAACAAGGAGAGUUUGUAGCACGCCAACUACUGGAAAACCAUAUACAGACUAUCACAAGCAUAGUUAAGAAGCUGAGCCAUGACAUAGAGGUUUUGGAGAGACAAAUAAAAACAAGAGAUGAUGUGACAUCAGGAACCAGCUAUGCUGUGCAGAGUCUUGACCAUAAACAUCUUCAGGGAGUUGGGGAUCUCCGUGGAAGAGUGGCUAGAUGUGAUGCCAGCAUUGCAAAACUCUCAGGAGAUACAAAUAUCAUCAGGCAUGAGAUCCAAAAACAAGAGAGAGAAAUUCAUGCCAUCCAGUCUACCUUGGAAAAUUAUUCUAAUAAUGUAGAGAUGAAGGUAAUGCAGCUAUUAGGCAAGAUAGAGACUGCAAACUCAGACCAAAACUCACAUUUAAAGGCAGUGCAAGGGGAUCAGCACCAUGAAUUGCAGCUCCUGGAUCUCAAGAUAAAUGGUCUUUUAAAUGACCUCAAGGAUCAAAUUCAAAACCAACGAAAGUGGACAGAAUGUGAGGUGAGGAGGUCUGAACAGGAGCAAAUCUACCUCACAAACCAGCUUAUUGGCGCAAUGAAGGGCAGGCUGGAUGCAGUGGAAAUGAAAAUGGAAGACGGAUUUCAUUAUUUUUGCAACAGGACAGAAAGCAUAGAUAAAGUGCAGCAAUUUGAUACAGAGCUGAGCCAAGUUAAAAAUGAUCAAAAUAAACUCCAUGCAAGAAUCAGUAGAUUUGAAAAACGAAUGUGGAAUGAGUUGGAGGAAAUGCAGAGUGAAUAUAGAUCAGGAUUUCAGUCUAUUCGUGAUUCUCUUGAUGCACUUAAACAAAUACAGACAACAAAGCUGAAACUUGAAAAAGAGAAGUUUAAGCAAGACAUGAAGAAGAUACGACGAAAGAUAACUGAGCUUCAAGAUGACUAAUGCCAUUUUUAGGAGCUUUAGUUAUUUCAGCAGGAAGAAGUGUUCAAAAGGUCAAGCAGAAAAAAAAUCUCAAUCCUACAAUAUCAGCCUUGUUUUCCUUUGAAUCCAUAGGAUAUUGUAACUUAUGAUACAUUGGUGUUGCAAUAACUCCUGAGAAAUCCAAGUCAAAUCAGUCUGGAUCAUAUUUAUGCACAAUUUAUAUUUUGAAGAAAAUAAAAUACAAGGGCUGACGGUUUGGUAA